AUGGACAGUUACUUCUUCCCCUUCCAGCCGUUGACAGAAAGGCGCCGGCUGAUGGCAGCCCUCGGACCCCAAGCUGCCUUCCAAUGCCGCUGCCCUCGCUGCCUAGCAGAGGAGGCGAAGGGGAACGAGGCCUCCGGAACACUUGCCUUCAUGCGCGCUUGA